CACUUGAUACUAAGCUGCAAUCUCUCUGAUCAAACCAGUUUAUGCUCUAGCCCUGUUUAAGUAAUCAUGUUGCAUAUUUCAGCAUAUUUUCAGAGCCUAUUGAAUCGUUGAAUGCCGAUGGCCCCACUUGCACACUCAACGAGGCAAAGCCCAAGCCCAAGCCCAAGCCCCAAAUGCCAAGCCACCUUCAAUUGAAAGCGAGGACAUUUUUGACACAAGGACGUUUUGGUACCUUGAAAGCGAGGACGUUUUGGCAUGGGGACGUUUUCACUGGAUACCAAAAACUCAACUCUGAAGGAUAUAAAAAUGUCUGAGUCCAAAUAUUAUCAACCUAAUGUGACCACCUCGGUAACGCGACCUUUCAACCUCAUUCGCAUGAGUGAUCGUGUCACCGCGGUUCCACUGUACUUACUAUAUUUGAAAUCAAGAUGACGGACGCAAAGUAUUUCACCACCACCAAAAAGGGUGAGAUCUUUGAGCUGAAGGCUGAGCUCAACAGCGACAAGAAAGAGAAGAAGAAAGAGGCUGUGAAGAAAGUGAUUGCCAGUAUGACUGUUGGCAAAGAUGUCAGUGCCCUGUUCCCUGAUGUCAUCAACUGCAUGCAGACAGACAACCUUGAGUUGAAGAAGCUGGUCUACCUUUAUCUCAUGAACUAUGCCAAGAGCCAGCCUGAUAUAUCCAUCAUGGCUGUCAACACUUUUGUCAGGGACUGCGAUGAUCCCAACCCUCUCAUCCGAGCAUUGGCUGUGCGUACAAUGGGUUGCAUCCGUGUCGACAAGAUCACUGAGUACCUGUGUGAGCCCCUUAGGAAGUGUCUCAAGGAUGAGGACCCCUACGUGAGGAAGACUGCAGCAGUCUGUGUAGCCAAGCUUCAUGAUAUCAACUCUAGUCUGGUGGAAGAUCAGGGCUUCCUUGACCUCCUCAGGGACCUCUUGUCAGAUUCUAAUCCGAUGGUUGUUGCCAAUGCCGUGGCAGCCAUCUCCGAGAUUCUGGAGACCUCCAACUCGGCUCACCAGGUACUGGAGAUGUCCUCUCAGAUCAUCAACAAGCUCCUGACAGCUCUCAAUGAGUGCACUGAGUGGGGCCAGGUGUUUAUUCUCGAUUCCAUAGCCAACUACACACCAAAGGAUGACAGGGAGGCUCAGAGCAUCUGUGAGCGUGUGACACCUCGUCUUGCCCACGCCAACGCCGCCGUCGUGCUCUCAGCUGUGAAGGUCAUCAUGAAGCUGAUGGAGAUGAUGGCACCUGACAGUGACUUCAUCAACACACUCGUCAAGAAGCUGGCUCCACCUCUCGUCACGCUCCUGUCCGCCGAACCUGAGAUACAAUAUGUGGCACUCAGGAACAUCAACUUGAUCGUUCAGAAAAGGCCCGACAUCUUGAAACACGAGAUGAAAGUGUUCUUUGUGAAAUACAACGACCCCAUCUACGUGAAGCUGGAGAAACUGGACAUCAUGAUCAGGUUGACGAGUCAGGCAAACAUCGCCCAGGUGCUGGCUGAACUCAAGGAGUAUGCGACUGAAGUUGAUGUGGACUUUGUCAGGAAGUCUGUGCGUGCCAUCGGGCGUUGUGCCAUCAAGGUGGAGCAGGCGGCAGAGAGAUGUGUCAGCACGUUGUUGGACCUCAUUCAGACCAAAGUCAACUAUGUCGUCCAGGAAGCCAUCGUUGUCAUCAAGGAUAUCUUUAGGAAGUACCCCAACAAAUAUGAGAGUAUCAUCUCGACCCUGUGUGAGAAUCUGGAUACCUUGGAUGAACCUGAGGCCAGGGCAUCUAUGAUCUGGAUCAUCGGCGAGUAUGCAGAGAGGAUUGAUAACGCUGAUGAACUACUCGAGAGUUUCCUUGAAGGCUUCCAUGAUGAGAACACACAGGUUCAGCUGCAACUCCUGACUGCCAUUGUGAAGCUGUUCUUGAAGAGGCCCACGGAGACACAAGAACUGGUACAGCAGGUUCUAAGCCUCGCUACCCAGGAUAGUGACAACCCUGAUCUGAGGGAUCGAGGUUAUAUCUACUGGCGUCUGCUCUCAACUGACCCGAGUGCUGCCAAGGAUGUGGUUCUUGCUGAGAAACCACUCAUCUCAGAGGAGACUGAUCUGAUUGAACCAACCCUGCUUGAUGAGUUGAUUUGCCACAUCUCCAGCUUGGCAUCUAUCUACCAUAAACCACCGAGUGCAUUUGUUGAGGGUCGUAUGAGUGUCAGACGUGCUCUGCCUCCUCGCUCGCAAUCUGGAAUGUCCAAUGAUAACGUUGGUGGUAUGCCAGAGAUGACCCAGCCAGAUACCCAGGUACCACAGCCGACCGUCAUUCCCGGAGCCGACUCCUUGAUCGGAGACCUUCUACAGCUUGACCUGGGUCAGUCUCAGAUGCACCAGCAACCCCAGUCAACAAACGAACCAACUGGUUCUGCUAUGGACCUCUUGGCUGAGAGUAUGGGCGUGGAAGGCUUGCUUGGUGGUCCCCAGCCGACCGGUAUGGAUAGUGGUGGCAUUGGGUUGCUUGGUGAUAUCUUUGGAUCUACGGCCCAGUUACCAUCAUACAUGCCUCCACAGGCGGUUUGGCUUCCUGCCUCCAAAGGUAUGGGCUUGGAGCUCUCUGGCACGUUCUGCCGUCGCCAGGGUCAGAUCAUCAUGGAGCUGACGUUCACAAACAAAGCCAUGCAGGCCAUGAGUGGAUUUGGCAUACAGUUCAAUAAAAACAGCUUUGGCUUGGCUCCAGCUCAGCCAUUAAAGAUUCAAGCUCCUUUAGGUCCAAAUACUAGUGCCAAUGUCAGCCUCCCUCUUAGCACAGUAGGACAGAUACAGAGAAUGGAGCCGCUCACUAAUCUACAGGUGGCUGUCAAGAACAACAUCAGUGUGUUCUACUACACAUGUCUCGUCCCUAUGCAUGUUUUGUUUGUGGAGGAUGGCAACAUGGACAAGAAAGUGUUCUUAACCACUUGGAAGGAAAUCCCCACCACAAACGAAGUCCAGUGCACCAUUAGUAAUGUGCAGCAUUGUGCUGAAACCUCGUCACAGAAACUGAAGAACAACAACAUAUUUACUGUGGCCAAACGACGAGUGGAAAACCAAGACAUGCUCUACCAGUCCCUAAAGCUGACCAAUGGAAUCUGGGUUCUCGCAGAACUGAAAAUCGCUCCUGGUGAUCCUAACUUCACGCUUUCCCUCAAGUCAAGGACCAGGGAUGUCUAUUCACAUGUCCAGGAAGCUUAUGAGACCAUCCUUCACAACAACUAAUCUGGGCAAGAUUCAAUGAAAGACUAUACGUGACUGUAGAAUUGUUCCUAGGACUAUCUUAGUAUUGCACUUGUGCUGUUAUGCCGGUGUAUCAUGUCAUGAAAUCCUUCCCGUCUCAAUGAGUUACGCCGUAAUGAUAGUCUCCAUGUUGAAAUGGCUUGUUCUUCUGAGGGUUCCAACAAGGGAAAGACAAGCUUUGUUUUGAGGGAAGAUUUCAUACAGAUUGGACAGCUAAUUGCAAUAUAGAAAGUAAUGUGUACUAGUGCAGUGCUAUUCUUUGACAGAGCAUGUAUGUUGUUGUUACUGUCAUACAUGCAUUUUCCUUGUGUGUUACCAUUACACACAAUGUAUUGUCAUUCCUUACUCAAGACCAAGUAUGUUGGCUAAUCAGGACACAAUGGAAACCAUUUUGUUCAGAGUGAAAUGGAGUUCUUACAGCUCAUUAUAGACCAACAUUGUGCAAUCAUAACUGCAUCUUGUAUUCCCUGGAUUCUAGUUAAAUGUCUAUUGUAAAUUUAUCUGUAAGUGUAAUAUAUAAUGUGAAUAAUAACAUUCAAAAUCA